AUGGCGUCGACAGGAGACGGCGGAUCGGGGGAUGGGAGUAAAACCCCAAAGCCCAAUGUAACGGAGUUGUUCCGCAAUCUCAAACUCACUGAGGAUGAAGUUGCCAUCCUGGAGUUCAGUGAUGAUGAGGAUUCAGACACCAUGGCACCAACCGAAUGGACCUUGGUGGGGAAGGUACUUUCACCGGCUCCGGUACACGUCACUACUGUGCGCUCGGCCAUGAGACCGGCUUGGGGUAACCCGAUCGGACUCAAGUUUCGGGCGAUAGGGGAGAAAGAAGACAACCUGUUUGUGGUGGAGUUUGGUAGUGCGCGUGACAAGGAAAGGGUCCUUGGUGGAUCGCCAUGGAUGGUGGGCAAGUACUCGGUUCUGCUACAAGAAUACGAUGAGAAACUCUGUGCAGCAGACAUUAAGUUUGAUCGCUUAGAUCUUUGGGUACGUAUCCUAAACCUCCCGCUCGGCUGGAUGAAUCGUUCAAGGGGAUCUAGGGCGAUGGGCCUGAUUGGGCAGGUGGUGGAAAUGGAUGUGGAUGCUGAUGGGAAGGCGAGUGGAGCCUUUCUACGUGCUCGCGUCUCCAUGGAGAUUGACAAACCAGUGAGACGGGGGAUUCUACUGAGGGUCAACAAGACAGAUGAGCCUCGCUGGUUCCAGGCUCAAUACGAGAAGCUACCCUAUAUGUGCUUUGCCUGUGGGAUAAUUGGACAUUCAGAUAUGGAGUGCCCUACUCCGGUGGCUCGUGAUGAGGAUGGCAAACUGCCGUAUGAUGUCAACCUAAGGGCUCCAGAGGAAAAGAAACGCAGACUUCAAUCCUUUGCUGCUGCGGCUGCGGAAUCCUUUGGCAGUGGCUCAUCCUCAGGACUGCGUCGCUCGGAUUCCACCGGGAGGACAGGUGGGAAAGCACCACUUUCUGGGGAUAGUACCCGUCGCUCUGCUAGCCAGGUCGGGAACUCAGAAGAACCGGAAGUUCAGUCUCCAAUGAAACAACAACAAAAGGGAAAGGAACAGGGGGAUAUGGCUGCUGUGUCCAAAGUCAGUAGGCAACUAGACAUACAGGUUCUGGAGGAGGACUUUCGGCAGGUCCCUCGCAAGAGGAAGUCGAAACCGCUCCCUAAGAAUGCACAAACACCUGACCCCAACGUGGCCCUUGGGAGCUCCAGCGCCCUUGUCCCUGCGGGCGUGGUGAACUCCCGUGUGAACCUUUUUGAUGCCACGGUGGAUAGCAGUGGCAACAGUUUGAUUGAGAUUCUUAAGAAGCAGAAGAGGGGCAACAACCAAAAUGCAGGAUCGGCGGCGGCUGUGGAUGACAGCCCCCGCCGGGCACAAUGA